AUCAUUUUUCGGCCAACAGCAACAAUGGCCGACACUAAGCUACAGGAUGCCGUGGACAAGAUGGUGGACCGCCUAGACCGCACGCUUCUGCGUGGUCUGCAGCGCGACGGCUACCUGUGCGCAGCCAAGGUGUUCGAGAACAAGAGCUGGUCGUCUGAGCAGCUCUCGGCGGCCGUGGAGCGCUGCCAGAUGCCGACGCAGCAGCUGAACCAGUUCAUGCAGCAGGAGAUGCAGAACUUCCAGCACCGCAUCCAGCGAUGCGUGCAGGACUGCCAGGACAAGGCGCAAGACUCGUUGCCUGCCGGUGGUAAUCCCAGUGAGAAACAGAUCGCUCGUGCGCAGAAGGACAUGGAGACGUGUGUAGGCCGCUGCGUCGACUCGCAUGUGAGUCUACUGCCCAACAUCAGUGCCCGUAUCGAGCAGGCUGUGGCUCAGGUCAAGCAGCAACAGCAGUAAGCAUCAUACAAUAGAGAGAGGGAGUAUUCCUUGCUGCUCUCAUACUGAGCGGGGGUAGCAUUUGCUUCCUAUUUGUUGGAUUCACUAUUUAUUGGUACAGUUGAUCG